CAUAAUGACACAACACAUGUUUGUUCACUAUUUUGUGUUCUGCUCCUUCGCAUGACACCAAAUUAUCCAAUGCUAAUUCGAUGGCUAUAUAUUUACCCUUUUUUAUUUUUUUGCCUAACAAUUUUUUCUCUCUCUAUAUAUAUGCAUAAAUCAGUAUUAACGAUUAACCACUUCAUAGUUCAAUUUCAGUGGAGCUCUAAAGUUUGCUUCAGUUUCGACCUUACUGCCUUUUGCGAACAGAGCAUCAAGGCAAUUUAAUCAAUCUUUAUGGAGUUAAUUGAACUGAAGCUCGAAUCUACUUGCCACUUGAGGUUGUCUUGAAAACCAAUAAAUAAAGUCCACGUAAUUAGAUACUUGCUCUGUUGCCUAAGGGAUAGAAAGGAGGAAGAUGGAAUUGGAGCACGUUGUGUUGCGUGCUUGGUCGUAAGAGUGGGGAGGCACACUAUCAAACUAGUUAUACAAGGAAGCUUUAGAUUCGAAACUAUCAUUUGUAUUUGUGUUAGACAAUCAGAUCCUGAUAAUGUUGAAAGAAUUGGGAAGCCGAUGCAAGCAUUUCAAUCUGGUGUGAAGGCACAUUGGAAGGGAGCAAACUACUAUGCAACAGCAGAAACACAAAGUCAUACACCUAACCCUCUUGGGAACGCUGAACAUGACAAAGAUACUAAGCUGCCGUACAGCUUAAUUGUUGAACUGAAGACCAUGUCCAACCUUCCCAAGUCUACCAAAAGAUUUAGAGAGUUUGAAACUCAAGCUAUUGAAGACGAGUCUGAGAACAAGUUCAGAAAACAUCGCAAAUGAAACAUUAGGCUGCCAGUCCCUCCCAUAGCAGCCCUCUUAGAAAUGGUGCAAGUAGUUCACAUCUCUUAAAAAGGGCCAGGAAACUUGUCGCAUUCUACCAUUAAGGCCUCAACUCUGACCCCAACUUUGGCUCUGCUAUGGUUGCAUUUCCACAAGGAGAAGUUGCUCACCGUUUCCAAUAGCUCAAUUUGCAAGUGAAAACUUCAUCUGCUGAUUGUUAUACAAGCUUUAAGCUACAUUUCAGAAUCCUCUGAAUUGGGCAAGAACUCAUGCUUUUGUUAGAAGAGGCAGCACUAGCGCAUCAGUGCCCUUGCAUUAUAAUCCUAGAGGCUCAGCAUCUCGUUCAGUGUCAAGUCAAGAACCUGGCUGGCAUAUAAUUGAAGACUGAUUUCAUAAAUAGAUAUUCUCUAGCUUCAAAAGAUAAAUAUCCAAAAGUAACAAUGUUAGAGACUAAACAAUAUAAUUAUCCCAGCCGUUCAACACGUUUGGUUAGUGAAGUCUACUGGAGAGCUUCCAUGAACCUGGGAGAUUGAUGACUCAAUUUCUGCUUGUGAAGGAAAAGACAAUAUUGAAUACAGUAAGCCAUCUGAAGUGAUGUUAAAGAAUGAAUGUUCAGCUGUAACUAAUACAAUGUAAAUUGGUGUGUUCCAGGAAAAGAACCAGCUUUGUGGUGAGUGGAAUGGACCAUAUACCUACUCGUCAAGCACUUGACUGUCCCAAGAAAGAAGUUGGACAUAAAAGCCUUAAUACCACCGAAAUACCUGACAUAAACUUGGAGCUUCCAGUUCCUACCGACAAGUUGGAACCAACUUCUUCCAGAACUCAAAGUUUGGAUAGAAGAUUGUUCCUUGACCUUAACGAGCAGCCAAGUCCAUUGAAAGCUGAUAUUUGCCCUGCGACGCUGCUCGAUGAGGAGCCUGGUAGCAGAUGGGUCAAGCGCCUCAAAUUGAGUGCUUCUAGAUUCCUUUCUGUUGGAACAAAGAGCUCUAACCUUUCAGCGAAGUCAUCUCAUGAGAAAGCAAACAAGUCCCAUAGCAAAAUUUCUAGAGCUACCACAACUGGCUCAGAACUCGCAGCUGGUAAAUUUCAUGGUGAAGAAUUGGUGGCUUAUGAUAGAAAUCUAGCCUUAGCAAGGAACUCUGAUGAGCAAGAGUUAUUGACUUCACUGUCUUGGGUUCAAAGGUGGCUUCAUAAUAGAUCUGUCACUGCACAAAAGAGGCCUCAAUCAAUGGUGGUUUGUGAGCCUCAAUGCUCAAAGUUGGAACUUGGUGAUUUCCAGAAGAAACAUUCCCCAAGCAUUGCUGCCAUGGCCCUCAUGGGAAAGGCAAUAACUGGUUUUCAACCAUGUGAAUUCCAAAAAAGAGGCCCCUAUGUAGUUUGGAAAACAGUAGUUUCUGCAGAAACUCAUAGCAGCAACAGUUACUGUGCUUCAGAUUAGUCCUCCAGGCUAUGCAUGAUGAGGAGAAAAGUGCUCUGGCUUAAUAAGUGAUCAUGCAAUCAAUUGCAUGUUGGAGCUUAGUAUCGAUUUAUUGGUGCUAGUAAGUACAUAGCUUGUUUUAGAUUUGGCUUCUUGUGUUUGCUUAGACGGGAUUAUCUUUGUAUAUACCCAGUAUGAUGAGAAUCCAGACACCUUGUUUCUUGAACAGGCCAUCCAUCUGGCUGCUUUCAUCAGUGCGUGCGAGGGAUCUAGAUGCUGUGGCAGUUACGUUCUAAAGCAGUUUGGUAUUUUCUAUUUGGCUAGUAGGCAAUGAGAUCACUGUACAAUGUUCGUCGUAGUGGCUGGGAUUCAGUUCAUUGGACAGUUGAACCAUGCCAGCUUUACUUUGUUGAAGGCACUGAGUGACCGCCUGCUCCUCCUCUGUUCAGCUUGUAGCAAGUUUCUCCUAGAUUGGAAAUCAACCAAUAAUGAGCCAAAUCUGUUUUACUAGAUAAGUAGUUCUCUUCUCAUUUUUCAUCCCAUGUUUUAGUUGUUUGUAAUUGUUCUUGCCCUUUUCACGGUAUGCAUCUUUUCAUUAUCAUGUUGCAUUCUCUCUACUUGCUUAUAGCUUGGGCAUUUUGGUGAGUGCAACAUGGCCGACUGCUUGAAGAAACCUGGAAUAUUAAAUCUUGAAAACAUGCAGGUAGUAUAAACUGAAGACUUAAAAUAUCUCUUUCUCCUCAACAUUUUGAUUCUUUACAUUAUCCGUCACUAGUGUAAAAGUAGUGUUUGUUCAUACAAUUAGGAAAACUGGGCUCUGGUCUAGAUAUCAAUAUGGCUCACCCGUGCAUGAAGGGUUUCUCAGUUGGAGUUAUGCAGUAUGCAGCAUUUCCUAACAUAUUUUUAUAAAAAAACACUGUUUCCACCCUCAGACUGGAUUCCAGAACUGAAAAGAUAUGAUGGUCUCUUCGUGUUUUCAGUGCUUGUCUGAAUAGUGUAUUUACUUAUAAGAAACAAAUGGUACACUCCAUAAUGUCUGUAGUCUACAUUUCAGUGCUGUAGAAAGUGUCAGUAAAUGAAUUCCUGGUAAUUUGCCCCUUGUAAGUCAGCAAGAUUAAGUGCUUGAUAAAUCAAGAGCCGUGCUACCUACUACAGCUGGAUAACAGAGAAAUAACGUUACACUAUGCCACCAUUCUUUCUAGAUUCAUAUGAUUGAUUGGUCUUAUGCUUUAAUGAAGCGCAUCUGUGAAGAAAAAUUCACUUCUGAUGCCUUAUAAGAUUCAGUGGAAAAGCUAAUGGAAUUUCCUGCCUCCUUAAUACAUGUUGUUGAGCCCUCAGACUCAUCGAUAAUAGGUGCACAAUAAGUACAUCACAAGAUUACAUUUCUGAUAAGUGAUAACCCUUAUAAGAUGAGAGUUUUGUACAGGAAUGAAAGCAUUGUUGGAAUAGUCACCACUAUUCUCCAGAAAUGGAAAACCUAUUGAAGUUAUCUUGCAUGUAUUUGGCUCUUCACAUCACAGCUCCAUCUAUAAUUGUGGCGUUCUCUGGAUAGUUAUCAGUCUGCUUCUUGAACACCCUGAGUUUCACAGGGAAGUGUGUAGUUGCUAAGAAUAUAACUUGAAUAUGUCAUCAAAAACAGAAUAUAACUCGAAUAUGUUUACCAUUUGAAAACUUGAGAUGCGUAAAAUAAGCUUACAACUUUAUUCAUGUUCAUGGCGUCCUUCCUAAUCUUUGCAGUUUUGUCGAUAAUACAGUUCCUAUACCAGGAAAGCCACAAUCAUCGUCUCAGAAUUAUUUUGUCUUAUCAAUUUCCUGACAUAGUCUGUCAUAUAUGCCAUGUCCAUUUACCUUUUUUUUUU